AUGACCCUCUGGACUGCCACCUGGAGUCGCUUCUGCUCACGCCAGAGAACAUCACCCUAUCGACGCGCCGAGACCUCGUACUCUCAACCCGACUUCUACAUUGUCACGUCCAACAUGGGCAAGUCCAACAAGUUCGACUACUCGAACCGCGCCAACUCCGGCCUCAAGCUCGGGCAGAUCGUCGGUGGCGCUUUGCAGAAGGAAGCUGAGAAGGUCAAGAAGGAUGCCGAACGCCACUUGCAGAAGGCCCGGAAGCAGAGCCUCGACAGCCUGGGAGGCGACAUCGAUACUACUAGGCACAUCAUCGACCUCAAGGCGCCGAACAAAGAUCUAGGUGAUGAAGGAGUCUGCGCGCUUGCAGACGGGCUAGAGGAUGCUCUGAGAAACAGCAGCACCGUCGCCUCACUGGCGUUGGAAGACCUCAAUCUCUCUGGCAAUGGCAUCACCACUGUCACCCUCGCCCGACUGGCGCCCAUCAUCGAAUUGAGCGUUUUCGACCUCAAGACGCUCAACCUUGCCGACAACAAGAUCAAGGUCGAGACGGACGAUCAGGCCGAACAAUGGGAGGUCUUUCUUAAAGCCUUCCGCCACUGCUUCAAGUUGCGCAGGAUCGAUCUUAGCAGCAACACUGGCCUUAGCUCGAGAGCGCUUGAGAUUCUUGCCCGCGUCCACAUCUCCGAGGACUGGAUCGAUCCUGUCAAUCCAGGUGGUGAGAGCUCGGUGCUCUCUCUGGCUUCUCACGCAGGAGACGACGACAAUGAUACUCCGUCUGAGGUAAGCCCACAACUUGAAUAUGGAUCCAUUCCACCGUCGGACAUGUCAAACGCAAGGAUCCUCAAGCGGCGAUGUGGUCUGCGCUCUGUACCUUGCCUCACUCUCCACGACAUCGGCCUGGAUGACGCAGGCGCACUGUGGCUUUCCUACGUACUGCAAGAUCACCACUAUCCGAAUCAACUCAUGGACGAACUCAAUGCGACACAUGCGGAAUCUGCAAUCAAGACGUACCAGCAGGGCACCAGCUCGAAAGGCAUCGACUGGACCGAUAACAAGUCUGCUGGCAAGGAGGGCUUGCAGCUUCUGGAGAAGACGGAAACGCUCAGGCAGCAGAUCAUGCUUGACGGAGACACGGCAAGGACCAGAACAACGAUUCAACUCCACCAGCGCAACCGGCAACAUGGAGAAGAUCAUUCGAGCGGGCAGUCCGGCCAGCGGCGUACAUCUGGAGCGGCUCCUGGGGAUCGACGUGUCAGCAUGCGCUCCAUUCGAACGAACGAUGGUGGUGAGCACGAUCCCACGGAGCUCCAAAGCGCCAGGAGCAGGAUCCAGCGCCACAUCAUCUCCCAGGGCAACGUUCACGCGGUCGAGCUAUGGAAGGCAGCGCUCAGAAUAUUUCGGACGUCUCGUAUGCUCUUGUUCAUCGCGCCGGACAUCAGAAGCUACCUACCAGACAGCGAUAUGCCAACCAACGCGAUUGGCAGUGGCGAAGACGAAGCACCACCGGCCGACAGUCCAAUCGCACAGAGUCCGUCCCGACUCACGCUCGACACUGCAGCAGCCAACAAGCCGUCCGCCAACGGUCGAGUGUCGUGCGCUUCGAAAGCAGGACGUCAAGAGUCUUCUGAACUCGCCAUUGCCGACGCUACGAACCGACCUACCUCACCACUCAAGCUGCAGAAGUCGACGACUCGCAAAGGCGCAAGCGGAGACGUCGGGGCUGCGACUAAGAAGCUGAGCAAGCUGGCCACAAAGGCUUCCAGACAAGGAGACUUCUUGCGGUAUCAACGGCGGCGUGCUCAAGAGGCAAGGCGAGAUGGACGUGCUUUCAGGGACACCAAUGCAGCGUGCCACCUUCCAGCGGAUGUUGUUGAGCGUAUUGUGCGGCUGACAAUGACCAGUCGAGAGGUGGAUGUGUUGAGUGCGGCGCAGAAGGCUGAGGCGAUCAUGCGUGGCCAGCGAAGAGACACUUUGACGGCGGAGCGGGAAUGGCUGAAAAAGGACGAGAGCGCGCAGGUGUGGAUGUUGCUUGACAGUCUGGACUGCUUGAGCUAUGGAGAGUAG